AUGGUUGUCGCCGCGCCGUCGUCGCAAUCUUGCAGCAUCAGCAUCAGCAGCAGCAGCGAGCUGGGGUCGCUGUUCGCGGCGUUCGACGCGGACGCGGACGGGCGGAUCUCGGCGUCCGAGCUGCGCGAGUGCAUGCGGGCGACGCUGGGGGCCGAGGCGGCCGUGUCGGCGGAGGAGGCGGAGGCGCUGGUGGCGGACGCGGACGCGGACGGCGACGGGCUGCUGGACGCCGCCGAGUUCGCCCGGCUCGUGGCGCGCCUGCAGCAGGACGCCGGCGAGGAGGACCGGCACCGGGGCCUGCGCCUGGCGUUCGGCAUGUACUCCGAGACCGAGAAUAAUAUGGAGGCCGGGUGCAUCACCCCCGCCAGCCUGAGGCGGAUGCUCGCCAGGCUCGGCGCGCACCAGGACGUCGACGAGUGCAGGCACAUGAUCUGCAGGUUCGACCUCGACGGCGACGGCGUGCUUAGCUUCGACGAGUUCAAGAUCAUGAUGAACGCCGCCUGA